AGAUCUGGCCAUGUUCAGCUAAAGUGAGCUAAGAUCUGCUUAAGGUAGCUAUUCUCUACAAAUAUCAUUCCGGGGAACUCGCCAGGACCAUUCAUCCAAGGCCUAAGGCCACACUUCAUUUUCCAUAGACGAUACUCGUCACUCGUCACUCGAGAGACAUUAUUUUCUGUAGGGAUUAGGGAAAGCAACUCCCUGCCAUACAGAGAGAACAGAUAUGGGAAGCACAAGUACCUUAAUCUACACACCGAAAUUCAACAAUAACACCCACUACUGCUUCAAAUGCUUAAGCCCACUUCCAGUUCCAGUUCCCGUAUUUUCUUUUCACGUCAAUUGCAGGAAAUCCAAGUUUUUGAGCUUGUCAAACAGAAAAAGGUUCAAGAAAUUUAGCACCACUGUUUUCUCGGCCACGGAGAAGCAGCAAGAAUUGAGUAGCGGCGGUUUAAAUGGUGCUGGCCCAGCUGUUGAAGAUAGGCCUGAUUCUAGUGCUGGUGCAGGAGAAAGUAUAUUUCAAAAUGAUCGGCCAGAUAAUGGAGGAAAUGCUAUUUAUGAUUUCCUUUACCCUAGCCAAGAGCUCCUUCCAGACGAUAAAGAAAUGACCAUAUUUGAUCAUUUAGAGGAGUUGCGGCAAAGAAUCUUUGUCUCAGUUUUGGCUGUUGGAGCUGCUAUCAUGGGAUGUUUUGCUUUUUCCAAGGAACUCAUUAUGUUUCUCGAAUCUCCAGUUAGAGAACAAGGUGUUCGUUUUUUACAACUAGCUCCUGGCGAGUUUUUCUUUACAACUCUAAAGGUAUCAGGAUAUUGUGGCCUUCUAUUAGGAAGUCCUGUGAUUCUUUAUGAAAUCAUAGCCUUUGUUGUUCCUGGUUUAACAAAGGCAGAGAGAAGAUUCCUGGGGCCUAUUGUCUUUGGGUCGUCAAUACUUUUUUAUGCUGGCAUCGUAUUUUCUUACUAUGUUCUGACUCCUGCGGCCUUGACAUUCUUUGUCAGUUAUGCUGAAGGGGUAGUUGAAUCAUUGUGGUCCAUUGAUCAGUACUUUGAGUUUGUCCUUGUGCUCAUGUUUAGCACUGGAUUGUCUUUCCAGGUAAAGUUUAUUCUUUACACGUUUUUCCUUUCCACAUGGAUAACGUGUGUAUUCUAUUUUUGAACUGAUCUUCCCUUCUGUCAGAAAAACUAGUUUACUUAUAUUAUCCAUUUCCUCGUGGAAGAGGUUUGGGUAAAAGUAAUAGGGUGAUUGCGAAUUAAAAACCACCCUCCCCCUGAUUACUUCAUUUUGGUUCGACAGUUACCUACUAAGCUCAUUAUAGUU